UAAGAUUGUUUUAUAAUACGUAUAACAAUGUGUUGAACUACUUCAACAAGUCUGCGUGUAAGAUAUGUGUUCCUGCAGAGCCAUAAUUGUUAUCCUCUGUGUUAAUGAUAGGUGGCAUGCUGUUGCUUCUUGGACGUGGGAUGCCCAGGAUGAAACUUGUGGGAUCUGUAGGAUGGCCUUUGAUGGUUGCUGUCCAGAUUGCAAGCUCCCUGGGGUUAGUUGUCCACUAAUUUGGGGGGCAUGCAACCAUGCAUUCCAUCUUCAUUGCAUCUUAAAAUGGGUGAAUUCACAGACAUCUCAAGCACAUUGCCCCAUGUGCCGUAGAGAAUGGCGAUUCAAAGAAUGAGAAAAAAAAAAGUGAAUGAGUUCCCUGAUGAAUUGAAUGAAUACUGGCUGUGUAUGUUAGUGCAAUAAAUGCAUUCUUGUUGCGACCUUGUGUUUAUGCAAGUAUGGAAGGGCUAGGCACAAAUGCAUUAAUGCGGACAUAUUGGGUGAUGGAAGGUGAGGAAACACUUUAUCAUAACGUUUUGUAGUUUAUCCAUGAUGAGAAAUGAUAAAUUAUAUAUGCUUCUAUACUAUUUGGUCAACAAUUGGAAACCAUUAAAAUAUGCCAA